AUGAAAGCAGAUACUCAUGGUAAUGGAAACAAUAGAUAUCUUACUCGGCAUGUGUCAUGUCUCCGCUGUUCAAAAUGUGGAGCCGAGUUAUGCCUCAAGGCCCAAAUCAUCAGCAAAGGGUUUACUGGUCGUCAUGGCCGCGCAUACCUCGUCUCUGCAGAGCCUACCGCCAGUGCUGUUUCUAUGAGCGGGUCGAUUUCGCAGGCUGAAUCGCUGCCCAACACUGUGAUGCAGAGACCAGUUCCACGCCAAUAUGUCACCGGACUUCAUACGGUCUGCGACAUCAGUUGUGCAUUCUGCGGUAGUGUGCUCGGCUGGAAGUAUGUCUCCGCCGAGGAAGAGUCCCAGCGAUAUAAGGUCGGAAAGUUUAUCUUGGAAACAAAACGAAUAGCUAUGUCGUCAUCAUGGGAGUCACCGUGCAAUACUAAUCAGCCUGUAUCGCCUGGCCACCUGAGCCCUGGGCCCUCGGAAAACAUGAACCGUGAUGAGCACAUCGAGUUUGACAGCCAGGAUGAGGAUGACGACGGUUGUAUUAGCUGUCUAGAAGCGUUGGACCAAGCGCAUAUGUCAGAUUAG